AUGAGCUGCCGGAAUUCAUUGGAGGAAACGUACUUUUCCAAACCAGAGCAUCUUUUCCCUCACCUCGAAGAUGGAAAAAUACCAACUCAAGCAUUUUUAAGUGCUUGUCAAGGAAUCGCUGAUUUUGUUGGUUUCCUCGGUGCCGCUUUCGCUCCAGUAAAGGCAGACAUCAAUGGAAACGUUGUUAAAGUACGUACCCGCUUCGAGAAAGACAGAAUAGGUCAACACUUUCUGCAAGAUUUGAUAGAUGCUGAUCUAAGAGAAAACGGCGGAAAACUAGGUAUCGCCACGGAGGGUCUCUUGUGGUUGAAAAGGGGACUGGAGUUCAUGUUAGAGAUGCUCACACUGAUGGUAGAGGACUACAAGUGUAAUCCAGAUAAAAGCAAGACCGAAAAUCUUGUUGGCGUUAUAAAUACGGCAUACGAACGAUCGCUGAAGCGGCAUCAUGGUUUUAUGUCUAAGCAGCUGUUUAAGCUUGUAAUUCACGCAGCUCCCUACCGCCGAAAUAUACUCAAAGCUGUUGCACUUGGGAAGGAAGGUCUCGAUGACAUCUGUAUCGAACACAUUGCUAACCACUUGGAUAAUUUCCGCAUCAACGUUGCAGUGCUGGUAGAUUACUACAUAGCCAAAAAUCUAGAAUCUCCAGCUCUUUGA